CUGAUCAGGACACUUGUUCUGCUGUGAAUUCUAGAUGGUAAUUUAUGAACAUUAUGAAGAAUCUCUGCAGUUCAAUUCGGUUAGCUUCUACUUUGUCAUGGUACCUGAGAAUCUUCAGAAGAAGCUGCUACUUUGGAAGUUUUUGUAUGUCACUUUAACAAGGAUAAAUACAUCAUCUAUCAGUUACUGAGAACUAAUGGUGCACUAUUAACUUCAGGGAUGACUAAACAUAACUUUCUGCAGGCACAACCUGACAUGGAAUCUCAACUUCGUGGAUUUGCAAAGGAUUGAUAAUUGGGGAGUUACUGGUCUGUCCAAUUCUGAACAAGUUAAGGCCCGGGCAACGGAAAAAUGCACGCAUGUGAAGCGUGUCAUUAGUCAUAUAGGAUAGACUUGUUAUGGCUUUUGCAAAGAUGGUAUUCUACGGUGCUUUUUCAAUUGUCAAAUCCAAGAGAAGAGAGAUUCUCAUUUUCUUCUAAUUCAAUAACAAGUGGUAGACAGUGAUAUGGAAAAUUUGGCAGCUUGUAGGAGCUUGGAAAUUGGAAGCAUUGCAUCAAACAUCAUUUCAAGAUUCUGUCCUUGCUACCAUUGUUGUUUAAUGCUCCUCUUGCACUAUUGGCUUCUGGGUUAUAGCUGGCAAGUCCAAAAGGAACUGCAAUAAUUAAAGCCUUUUCUACUUUCCUCAAAUUUCUGAAUUUAUAGAGGCAGAAGCAAUCAACUCUUCUUGUAAGUAAAAUAAGACACAUCAAAAUAAUGGAGAAUAAUAGGUAUAAUUGGAGGCAGUACAGAGGUGAAGAGUUCCAAGAAGAAGAUGUGUGGGCAGUGAUCAAAGAGAAUGGUGAAACAACGAACAAUCAUCUUAGAAAUCCACGUUCAAUCUCAAGACGCCUUCCAAGUGCAGCAAGGAUGAUUCCAGGAGUUCAGAAACAUCAACACAUUGAUGAUAACAGUAAUAAUGAGUCUGAAUUGGUGCAGAGUUCAGCACCUGUCAACAUUCCUGACUGGUCUAAAAUCUAUGGAAAAAGUCCAGUAAAGAAGAUGAAUUAUGGUGGUUGUUCCUCAUCCUUUGAUUAUGAAGAUGACAAUGAUUAUGAUCUUGUUCUUGAAGAUGACAAUGAAGAGUAUGCGGGUGAUGGUAGAUUGCCCCCGCAUGAAUGGUUGGCUAAGAAGCUUGCUAGGAGUCAGAUUUCAUCAUUUUCUGUUUGUGAAGGUGUUGGGAGGACUCUUAAAGGGAGAGAUCUAAGUAGGGUGAGGAAUGCUAUUUUGUCAAAAACUGGGUUUCUUUGAUUUCUCUCAAAUUAUGCAAAUCUAAUGCAUCAUGUAAUACUAGUAUUUCACUAUGUUGUAGCUUUGGCCAUAUUUUUGUAUAGUUGGGUAGAUUUUUUGCAAAUUUCUUACUAGUUCAAAUCUAUGAAUAUUGCAAUUACUCCACUUUUUAA